GUUUAUCUAAACAAAAGGUAAUUAAUUUCAAAAUUCGAUAAACCCUACUAUUUGACAUCUUCUACGAACGGGCACACCGGAGAAUCAGCUUCUCGUUCCGUACGAUGUCGGCGACACUCCGACGCCUCAUUCUUCUCACCUCCACAAAUCGCUCCCGUAAUCUAUCUCCGCCGUUUCUUUCCACCGCCGUGAACCACCUAUCUCUAUCAUUCUCUUCCGUCUCAUCUUCACCGGAAUCACACACUUCCCCUUCCCGGAUCCGAACCCGAACACCACUCGAAACUCAAUUCGAAACAUGGAUUCAGAAUCUAAAACCAGGAUUCACAAACUCCGACGUUGUGAUAGCGUUACGAGCUCAAUCCGAUCCAGAUCUAGCUCUCGACAUAUUCCGAUGGACAGCUCAACAACGAGGCUACAAACACAAUCACGAAGCUUACCACACUAUGAUCAAACAAGCAAUCACCGGAAAACGAAACAACUUCGUCGAAACGUUAAUCGAAGAAGUAAUCGCCGGAGCUUGUGAAAUGAGUGUUCCUCUCUACAAUUGCAUCAUCAGAUUCUGUUGUGGUCGUAAGUUUCUCUUCAAUAGAGCUUUCGAUGUUUAUAACAAAAUGCUUCGAUCAGAUGAUUCAAAGCCUGACCUUGAAACUUAUACUUUGCUACUAAGUUCAUUGCUUAAGAGAUUCAACAAAUUGAAUGUGUGUUAUGUGUAUCUACACGCCGUUAGAUCGUUAACGAAGCAGAUGAAAUCGAAUGGUGUGAUUCCGGAUACGUUUGUGUUGAAUAUGAUUAUCAAAGCUUAUGCAAAGUGUCUUGAGGUUGAUGAAGCUAUAAGAGUGUUUAAAGAGAUGGCUUUAUAUGGCUCUGAGCCUAAUGCUUAUACUUAUAGUUACUUAGUUAAAGGGGUUUGUGAGAAAGGUAGAGUUGGACAGGGUUUAGGGUUUUAUAAGGAGAUGCAAGUCAAAGGAAUGGUUCCGAAUGGGAGUUGUUAUAUGGUUUUGAUUUGUAGUUUGUCUAUGGAGAGGAGAUUGGAUGAAGCUGUUGAGGUUGUGUAUGAUAUGUUGGCGAAUUCGUUGUCUCCGGAUAUGUUGACGUAUAAUACGGUGUUGACGGAGUUGUGUAGGGGAGGUAGAGGGAGUGAAGCUCUUGAGAUGGUUGAGGAAUGGAAGAAACGGGAUCCGGUGAUGGGUGAAAGGAAUUACAGAACGUUGAUGGAUGAGGUUUAUUUUUUGAAUAAGGGAUGAUUGAUUGGGUUCUGUUUAUCUGAAAGGCGAUCAAUCGGCUAAGCUUAAGGGCUACAAGAUGGGGGGGGUUUGUUGCAAAGUCUGUGUUCUGCACUCUAGUUAGUGAACCCCAAAUCUCAGUAAUGAUCUGAAUCAUAAGGGUUAUCAAGUUUUGAGCUUCAAGAUUCUGUGUUCUUGAGAUACAUAACAGGUUGAAGCAUAGUGUGAUUGGAAGACUGAAGAUCUCAAGCCAUGAUAGCUUAGAGAUAUUCUGUAAUUGCAAUUUGAUUCAAGGAUUCAAAAUCAUGUUGUCUUUGUAUCAUGUUCUGUGUAAAUGAGGUCUUAUGACAAUCAAGGAUAUCAAUUGUUACUGACACUACUUGCAAACCAAAAGCUGUUCAGCAUGAUUCUUAACGCCCUUUUGUGUAUUAUUACUGUUGAUGCACAACUAUAACAUUUGCUGUUACAGGAUCUACAUUUUCAGACAGG